AUGGUGGCUUGGCAGCUGGGCAAUCUCUAUCUGCUCAUGGCCUUUAUGGGCAUUGCCGUUCUCCAUAGUACCACCGAGACUAGUGUCGUCCGUGCCUAUCUCUUCGUUCUUGCUGUGGGCGACGUAGGUCACGUUGGUCUCACUGCCUACGGGAUGGGCUUGAACAAGCUCUCCAGGCCUGUUGCAUGGAACGCCAUGACCAUAGGGAAUGUCGCUUUUACCCUCUUCCUAUUCGUGAUGCGAUCUCUGUACUUUAUUGGCUGCUUUGGCCCCGAUCGAACAGCUCCGUCACUGGCCGAGAAGAAGGAGAAGAAGGGUCAGUGA